AUGUCGUUCUUCAUUGAAAACCCCAAUGUGGGCAACCACAGCCACUUGGAAGACUCUCGCAUUGUUGGCUACAACCCUCUCACCCCGCCUAACCUCCUUCAACAUGAGAUCGCCUUGACCGAUAAAUCUCGGGAAACAGUUCUCAAUGGACGUACUGAGGCUGUGGCGAUUGUUCAUGGCACCGACAAGGAGAGGCAGCGCCUCAUGGUAGUCAUCGGACCCUGCUCGAUCCACGACCCCGAUAUGGCCCUCGAGUACUGCGAUCGUCUGAUGAAGCUGAAGGAGAAGUACGCCGAUGACCUGUUGAUUGUCAUGCGCUCGUACCUGGAGAAGCCCCGUACCACUGUCGGCUGGAAGGGUCUGAUCAACGAUCCCGAUAUCGACAACAGCUUCAAGAUCAACAAGGGUCUGCGCACCUCCCGCCAGCUCUUCGUUGAUCUGACCAACAAGGGCAUGCCCAUCGCCAGUGAGAUGCUUGACACCAUCUCCCCCCAGUUCUUGGCCGAUUGUCUUUCUGUCGGUGCUGUCGGCGCCCGAACCACCGAGUCCCAGGUUCACCGUGAGCUGUCCUCCGGUCUGUCCUUCCCCGUUGGUUUCAAGAACGGCACCGAUGGUUCGCUCGAUGUUGCUGUUGAUGCCAUCGGUUCCCCCGGUGUUGUCUCCAUUGUCGGCACUGUCGGCAACCCCGACUGCUUCGUCAUCCUGCGCGGCGGCAAGAAGGGCCCCAACUACAAUGCCGCCAGCAUCAGUGAGGCCAAGGCUAAGCUCGAGGCCAAGGGCAUGACUCCCCGUCUGAUGGUCGACUGCAGCCACGGCAACUCUGAGAAGAACCACAAGAACCAACCCAAGGUUGCUGCUGUUCUUAGCGAGCAAAUUUCCGCCGGCGAGUCUGCUAUCAUGGGUGUUAUGAUCGAGAGUAACAUCAACGAAGGCAACCAGAAGGUCCCUGCCGAGGGCAAGGCCGGCCUCAAGUACGGUGUCAGUAUCACAGAUGCCUGCAUUGGCUGGGAAGACACCGAGACCACGCUCGAGACGCUCGCUCAAGCCGUACGCGCGCGGAGACAGAAGUUGAAUGGCGCCAACUAA